GAAUAAAGUUUUCAACAAGUGGUGUUUUUAUGUAAAUGUAAUGUGUAACGCAUUCGGCUUUGGGUUGUGUUACUGAAAGUGGUGGAGUAUAAUAAUAAAAGGAAUAAAUAAAUGUAAACAAAAUAGUCCUCUGUAGAAAAACCCCGUUUCGUUUUCCUUUUGUUUUCUUCCACUGCCUUAUCUCCCUUCUAUUUUGUCCUCCUUUGUUGUCUUUCGUUUCAGUAUCUCUCUUUCACAAACACAAACACACUUCCAAUUAUUGUCUUUUCAACGACGGGGAGUCAAGAGUUGCCUUACGUUGAACCCGCCCGUUUUUGGGUUCCGUCAUUUUUCAGAUUCUCUUUAAAUGUUCUUCAAGAACCUCACGGGAUCUCUGUGCUCUAAUCUUUGAUCCGUUUCUUUAUGUCUUCUUGAAAAUUUUAAAUCGUCUGCCUCCGCGUCGACAUGAGUCAACUCGGUCUCAUACUGCAGGAAUCGCUGCGUAACGAAAGAGAAGCCAGAACCAUUCUCGGUUUGUUAACGGAGCAAAUGGACGCCGUCGACAGAGGCCCACGGAGGAGGCGAACUCUCAAAGAACGCCUCAGAUUUACCGGAAUCGGUUGUUGUGGGGCCACAUGGGUUUUCCGUCCGGCAACCCUAACCGUCAGGGACGAAGGAGGAACGCAGCAAAACCAACACCAGCAAACCAUCGCGGCUCAAGAUCCGAACCCGGUUGAACCAGAGUGUGUGGGUCCGACUCCGUCGAGUUCGGGUAUGAAUCUAGCGGCGGCGCUGGCGGCGGAGCGACAGUUCCGGGAAGCGGAAGCGGGCGGAGAGGGGGAGGCAAGAAGGGUGGCGGAGACGCCGUGGAGGGUGUCGUUGAUGCGGUUGUUGGAGGAAACGGAGGGUGGGGAUGCGGAGGUGGAAGCGGAAAAAGGGACGGCGGGUAAUGAUUCGGUGUGCUGCGUGUGCAUGGGGAGGAAGAAAGGCGCGGCUUUCAUUCCAUGUGGGCACACAUUCUGUAGGGUGUGUUCAAGGGAGCUGUGGCUGAACCGAGGGACUUGUCCCCUUUGCAACCGUUCCAUUCUCGAGAUUCUCGACAUCUUCUGAAAUUCAUCACCCAUUUUCUUGGAUCCUUCCUCCUAUGCAACGGAACACACAAUUUUUCAUUUCCUCGCUCUCUCUUUUUCGCUUAUUCGAAAAAAAAAAAAAUCAAGAUGAUAUUUCACGUGUAACAUGAUAGUCUCAAUUUCGUGAAUUUGCUGUCACUAGAAAAUUAAAAUACUCUCUUAUUUGUGAAUUUUAACGUUGGUUUUCUUGCGGUAGAUUUUGUCCUUAUAUAGUGGUACACAUACAUAUGGUGGAAAAGUCUGCGAUUGAUAGAACCAAUCCCCUAUCUUUUAUUUUGUUUGAAUACAUAAAAUAAUAUCAGGAUAAAUUU